CUGGUGCCCGUCUUGCCACCGACUUCUUUCGGUCUGUGGCAACAGCUGGAGUCCCAGAGGCGGCCCUGAGCCGGGACCGCGCGGCCCUGAGAGGCACUUCCGGUGGCAGGUCACUUCCGGGUUUAAACUUAAACGAUCGCUCUCCGAGGAGGAGGGGACCCCGUCGCGCGAUUGACAGUCUGUUCCUGCAGGCGCCGUCCCUCAGCCCCCACCCCACGGCCGGAUUCCCGUGGCUCCGCUCCGAGCUGAAACCCGAGAAGAAAUCCUUAGAUCUCUUUUCUUUUCAACAAAUACGAACCGAGAAACCAUCGGCAUCUUGCCUUGGCGUUUCCUAUUGGAAAGAUGAAGAAGUUUUUCGACUCCAGGCGGGAGCAGGGCAGCUCUGGCCUGGGCUCAGGCUCCAGCGGAGGAGGGGGCAGCAGCUCAGGCCUGGGCAGUGGCUACAUCGGAAGGGUCUUUGGCAUCGGGCGGCAGCAGGUCACCGUGGACGAGGUGCUGGCGGAAGGUGGAUUUGCUCUUGUCUUUCUGGUGAGAACAAGCAAUGGGGUGAAAUGUGCCUUGAAACGUAUGUUUGUCAACAAUGAGCAUGACCUCCAGGUGUGCAAGAGGGAAAUUCAGAUCAUGAGGGACCUAUCAGGGCACAAGAACAUUGUGGGCUACAUUGAUUCUAGUAUCAACAAUGUAAGCAGUGGCGACGUAUGGGAAGUUCUCAUUCUCAUGGACUUCUGCAGAGGAGGCCAGGUGGUAAACCUGAUGAACCAGCGUCUACAAACAGGCUUUACAGAGAAUGAAGUCCUGCAAAUAUUCUGUGACACCUGUGAGGCUGUUGCCCGCCUACAUCAGUGCAAAACUCCUAUUAUCCACCGGGACCUGAAGGUUGAAAAUAUCCUCUUGCAUGACCGAGGCCACUAUGUCUUGUGUGACUUUGGAAGUGCCACCAACAAAUUCCAGAACCCACAGGCCGAGGGAGUCAAUGCAGUAGAAGAUGAGAUUAAGAAAUACACAACACUGUCCUAUCGAGCUCCAGAAAUGGUCAACUUGUACAGUGGCAAAAUCAUCACUACGAAGGCAGACAUUUGGGCUCUUGGCUGUUUGUUAUAUAAAUUAUGCUACUUCACUUUGCCAUUUGGAGAGAGCCAGGUGGCAAUUUGCGAUGGAAGCUUCACAAUUCCUGAUAACUCUCGAUAUUCUCAAGACAUGCAUUGCCUUAUUAGGUAUAUGUUGGAACCAGACCCUGACAAAAGGCCGGAUAUUUACCAGGUUUCUUACUUCUCAUUUAAACUACUCAAGAAAGAAUGCCCAGUUCCAAAUGUACAGAACUCUCCCAUUCCUGCAAAACUUCCUGAACCAGUGAAAGCGAGUGAGGCAGCUGUGAAAAAGAGCCAGCCAAAGGCCAGACUGACAGAUCCCAUUCCCACCACAGAGACUUCAAUCGCACCCCGCCAGAGGCCUAAGGCUGGGCAGACUCAGCCAAACCCAGGAAUCCUUCCCAUUCAGCCAGCCCUGACUCCUCGUAAGAGAGCCACUGUUCAGCCCCUACCUCAGGCUGCAGGACCCAGCAAUCAGCCUGGCCUUCUAGCCAGUGUUCCCCAAUCUAAAGCCCAACCUACACCCAAUCAACCUCUUCAACAAUCUCAGCCCAAGCAGCCACAAGCUCCACCCACCCCACAGCAGACACCUUCUAACCAGACCCAAGGUCUGCCCACCCAGGCCCAGGCCACUCCGCAGCACCAGCAACAGCUCCUCCUCAAGCAGCAACAGCCACAGCAGCAACAGCCACAGCAGCAGACAGCACCACAACAGCCAACAGGCACCUUUUACCAGCAGCAGCAGCAGCAACAGCAGCAGCAACAGCAGCAGCAAGCUCAGACACAGCAGUUUCAGGCAGCACAUCCAGCAGCCCAGCAACCAGUCACUGCUCCGUUCCCUGUGGUAUCCCAGGGAGGCUCUCAGCAACAGCUGAUACAGAACUUCUACCAGCAGCAGCAGCAACAGCAGCAGCAGCAGCAGCAGCAGCAGCAGCAGCAGCAGCAGCUGACUCAGCAGACUGCCCUGCAGCAGAAGACUGCUGUGGUGGUACCACAGCCUCAGGCACAGUCGGCCACAGCCCCACAGCCAGCCGCUGCCCAGGAGCCUGCGGUAGGCUGGGGAAGGGAAGAGCAGAUUCAAGCUCCACCAAGACAACAGCCAAAGGUUCAGACAACUCCACCUCCAACCAUCCAGGGUCAGAAAGUUGGAUCUCUCACUCCUCCAUCAUCCCCCAAAACCCAACGUGCUGGGCACAGGCGGAUUCUCAGUGAUGUAACCCACAGUGCAGUCUUUGGGGUUCCUGCCAGCAAAUCAACCCAGCUGCUCCAGGCAGCUGCAGCUGAGGCCAGUCUCAAUAAAUCUAAGUCUGCAACCACCACUCCCUCAGGCUCUCCACGGACCUCGCAGCAGAAUGUCUCCAGUGCUUCCGAAGGUUCAACAUGGAAUCCUUUUGAUGAUGACAACUUCUCCAAACUCACAGCUGAAGAGCUGCUCAACAAAGACUUUGCCAAGCUCGGGGAAGGAAAGCUUCCUGAGAAGCUGGGUGGCUCGGCAGAGAGUUUGAUCCCAGGCUUCCAGUCAACACAAGGAGAUGCUUUUGCCACUUCCUCCUUUUCUGCUGGAACUGCUGAAAAAAGGAAGGGUGGGCAGGCUGUGGACUCUGGCAUCCCACUUCUAAGUGUAUCUGAUCCUUUUAUUCCUCUUCAAGUACCUGAUGCUCCAGAAAAACUAAUUGAGGGACUCAAAUCUCCUGAUACUUCUCUUCUGCUCCCUGACCUCUUGCCUAUGACAGAUCCUUUUGGCAGCACUUCCGAUGCUGUGAUUGAAAAGGCCGAUGUUGCUGUUGAGAGUCUCAUACCCGGACUGGAGCCGCCUGUUGCCCAGCGCCUCCCAUCUCAGACGGAGUCUGUGACCUCGAACCGCACAGACUCUCUCCCUGGGGAAGACUCUCUGCUUGACUGCGCUCUGCUUUCUAACCCCACUGCUGACCUUCUGGAAGAGUUCGCCCCUAUGGCACUCUCUGCCCCCGCUCAUAAAGCUGCAGAAGAUAGUAACCUCAUCUCAGGUUUCGGUGCCGCUGAGGGCUCGGAAAAGGUGGCAGAAGAUGAGUUUGACCCUAUUCCUGUACUGAUAACCAAAAACACACAAGGUCUCCAGAGAGAGCCCAGUCCUUGUCCUGUAAUUACUGUAGAGCACUUUAAAGAACCCGUGGGUGCCAAAGGCCUCGCCCUCUAUCCAGAUUCCUGCAGAGUUCCUGGAACAAAGGCCCAGAACACCUUAGAGUCUGAUUCCCUGGCCCGAGAGGGCCCUUCCAGCAAUAGCUCCUUCCAUAGCAGCGAGGAGGAGGGCACCGACCUGGAGGGGGACAUGUUGGACUGCAGCGGGUCUCGGCCUCUCCUUCUGGAGUCUGAAGAGGAGGAUGAGAGCUGCAGGCCUCCCCAGGGGAAGCUGGGAGAAGCCACUCUGUUCUCCGAGUCUGGAGUGUCUGCUGAGCCAGAAAAGGGGGGACAAGGCGGGAAAAAGAGCCAGUUCUUCCCAGUCAACCAGCAGGCCUCAGACGGUCUCGGAGAGCCGGAUGUCUUUGCCACAGCACCCUUCAGGAGCUCGCUGGUUCCAGCAGAUGCCAUGGACAUUUUCUCCAAAGCCCCUUUUGUCUCCAAGGGCAGUGUAGCUCCUUCCCAGACAGAGGAGAUGGACGUGUUCUCCAGAGCUCCUUUCACCAAGAAGAGGAGCGUGGAGGAGUUACUGGCCGUGCAGGGCUCCUCACAGGAUUUGCCGAUGCAGGCCGGCCUCGGUCAGCCUGGUGAAGGGCCCCUGCUUCCAGGCCGCGAUAGAGCCAUGUACACCCCUGCCCAGGCGCAGUAUCCUGUGACUGGCUUUGCACAGCAGGCCGGUCUCCCCUCCCACACUGUCCAGGUGGCAGACCAUUUUGACGGCAGCUCUCCCCGGGGAUCUCCCAUGGAAUCUGGGAGUCAUCCUAGUGACAGAAACAGAGGACUGCAGCCCCAGAAAGAAGCCUUUUCUGGGCCGGUGGCUGGCAAGCCAUUCCGCCCCCAGGCUUUAUCCAAAUAUUCCCGACACUAUAGCCCAGAAGAUGAGCCAAGUCCAGAAGCCCAGCCCAUCGCUGCCUACAAGAUUGUCUCACAAAGCAAUAAGCAGCUGCUAGCUGGCUCUGUGUCUGUCACAUCUCUGUCCUCCAGGACUACAGAGCUGCCCGCCGCCGCCGCCGCCGCCGCCGCCGCCGAUCCUUUUGCUUUAGCGCCCUUUCCUUCAAAGGCAGGCAAACAGAAACCCUAGGAGCAGAGAGCAGCCUGAGGCCUGCCUCCACCCACCCCACCAGCACCCAUCACACCACUCCUGGCUGGCCUUUCAGGGACUAUCCACUGUGACCCUGCAGUCACUGCCUCAGAGCAGAAUCGCUUCCAGGCAACCAGUGGAGUUGCUGUGAGACUCGGCAGAAGCUCUUUAUGUUACACUUUCUGCUUUUGCUUAUGCUCAUUUCUGGGUGCCUUCCACCUGCACCCAGAACCCUUUUUAAUCCAGGAAUAUUUUACCCCCAGUUCACAGGGGCUGUAUUGCACCACAGCUUGGAAUGCCUGCAGCUCCUGUUGGGAGUCACUUGAACCCAAGAGUCAGGAUGAAUCCCUCCAGGACUCUACAGGACUCCUGGAACAGAGAGAUUUCCGGAUAAAAAGAGCAAUAUCAGUCUCCUGCACAUCUGAAGAGUUAAUCCUUCAGCCUCUCAUCAUUCCUUCCUGUGGAGCCAGCAGCUCUGAAAGGAUUCUGGGAUCUGUCACUGAGUCUGUACGAGCCAAGCUGGCCCUUGUGCACAAGAGUCUGGGUGCAUGGUGUGGGUCAGAUUCUCUGUCGUGUAAAAGAGCACACAGGUGGGAAAAGCUCACUUUGCCCUCCCAUAGUCUCCUUUUUAGACUAGUAUGGAUACAUGCGUGUGCAUGCGUACAAGAAACCUUUUUCCUCCGAGGGAAACCACCAUGCCUACCUCCGUUAUCAAAUCAUUUUCUUGUGUUUGCCUGUUGACCUGACUUGAUUUUUUUUCUCAUGGUAAAAUUGAAGUUGUUGGACUGUAUGGGGGUAAUCCUGUUGGAACUGAGGUUUCAGAAUGAGUUUUUAAAAUUCCAUUUACCUAGUUUUAAAAAAUCAAAAUUUCAAAACUGGACAUGGUAGUUCAUGUCUAUAAUCCAAGCUCUUGGAAAGCUGAAACAGGAAGUUUACCACAAGUUAGAGACUAGCCUGGGUUUAAUACUGAAUUCCAGGCUACCAUAUCUCCUCCAACCCAAAAAAGUCACUGGUAAUUCUGUUUUCCCCUGGCAAUAGGGGAAGAGCAUCUUUAGUGUUCCAGUUGCUGGGAAUCCUUCCAGGGUUCCAUUGUAUGAAAUGAAAUUAUGAAAUUCAUUAAUCAGGAGCCUAAGCCACAAGCCAGGUUUGCCUGUUUUUUCCCUCAAACUCUUACCCAUACACCUCUGUUACCUCUUGAGUGGAUACAAACCUGAAACCUAGAAGUAGGUUGGAAAUGAAAAAGAGCUGGUCAGCUGUCCUUGCAGAUCUGUAAAUUAUCUGUUCCGUUCAGAUGGUCAAGUAGUACAGACAGGUGACUGGCUGGGUUUUCACAAGUGUGUUUUUAUUUCUGGAAAGCACUGACUCAUUUCGAGUGUUUUCAUAGCCUUCAUUUUUAGUGCCUUAAAAAAAAAAAAAACAACCUCACGACUCCAUGGGGAGGUUUCAGUUGAGGAAGUUGAGUUUAAUGGAAAGAGCGUGCACCAGACUCAGGGUGCAUGCUUACAGCUGCUAGCAUACACUUCCUCCACUUUCUUGGGAAAGUUUGGAGAGUUGUGCAUCAAGCUACAUUAGUGAUAGGAAAAUUACUAGAAGCCAGGCAUGCUAGCACACUCCUGUAAGCAGGGCACUUAGGAGGUACAGGAAGAAGGGGUUCGAGGCCAGCCUAGACUAUAUGAGACACUGUCCCAAAAAAUAAAAGAAUUACUGAAAAUGUAUACAGUAAUGAAGCUUAAAUGCCAGACUGCACUUGCAAUCAAUUAGUUGUGAUGUUCUUUAAAUUUGCAAGUCAGGGUUUGGGUGCACAACUGAGUGGAAGAAUACAUGCUUUGCAUGCACCCUGCCCUGGGUUCUGUCCUUGGCACACACAAAAAUAAAUAAUAAAACCCAGGACUCUUGACAGCAACGUAAGAAUGAUUACUUUUGGCCUGGUAUGGUGAUAGGCACCUUGACUCCAGAACUUGUGAAGCAGAGACAGGUGGAUCUCUAUGAAUUUGAGGCCAGCCUUGUCUACAUAGCAAGUUCCAGGCCAACCAGUGAGUGAAAGCCUGUCUUAAGAGGGAGAAAGGAAGCUAUUUUUCAGUACUUUUCUUUUUGGUAUUCUCCACCUGUUUAAAUAAAAGGCAGUAUGCAUCUCUCCGCCCCCCCCCCCAAUCAGUGGUUGCCAUAUGAGGGCUCCACUCCAUCAGAAACCUGCCUUUCACUCCAGUAAAGGCUAACUAUUCUCUCUAGGAAUUUGCUUUCUCAUAGUUAUUAUUUUUGAAUUUUUUGUAUACUAGUGGAUACAAACUGAUUUUUCUAUUAAAUGAGUAGUUUGGCUAAUGUACAUGGAACUUGGCAACCAAACUUCCCAUGCUUGUUGUCAGGUGAAGUCCUCCAAGGCAUGUGCAAAAAGGAUGGAAAUGUUCAGAGACCUCACUUGAUGUCACAAGCUCUUGCCAGGUUGUAGCAUAUACCUGUAGUCUCAGCUGCCUAGAAGACUUGAGGCAGAAGGACAGCUUGAGUCCAGGAUCUCAAGGCCAGCUUUGGCAACAUACAAGGACCCAUUUCUUGAAUAGAAAUUUCAGAAUGCAAGGUCAAUGAGCUCCAUAACAGUGCUACACACUGUUCUAACUUUGAUUACUGUAUCACUCCAUCUAAUCCGUCAUUUUAAUUCACAAGGUUUUAAUUCAUUUAAUUCAAAUUAGAGUAAAAUCAUGGACUCUUUAUUUUAUAUAGUUGAAUCAUUUAUGAAGUGUGGAGCUUUCGGGCCUUUUUUUCAUCUACUGAGUGGAAAGUCUGUCUACCAUCUUUGAAUCGGGAAUGAAUGUGACCACAUGCAGAUUAUUUUGGUUUUUUCUUAUGUAGCAGUUUGUGAAGGAAAUCUGACAAGAGAUUAGCCAGCAGAUGAGUUCUGAAGGAGAUGCUGUGGAAGAGUCUGGAUACAGGAUCAGUGUGUACUUUAUUUAAUGUCCUGAGUGGAAAUCUGGAAAAGUUUGUUUUACAGGGAAUUAGGGGUGCUUAAAGUCUGUGAACCAAUACCAAGUUCCUAGUGACCAUACUCUAACAGUUAAGGAAGAGGAAUCAUUGUCAAAUACUACACUUUGUUUUCAUUUCUGCUUGUGCUGGCCACUUUGUAUAUUUUUCAUAGGAAACAGGAAAUUUUGAACUUUUGACUCAGAAAGAGAUGAGUCAGAAUGUCCUUAGACAAAGCCUUAAGCCGUAUCAUGUACUGGUGAACUCCUGAAUGAUGUGUGAGGCUAGCUGGGGACAGCUCAGAGAUGGAGCCUGCCCACGUGAGGCCCUCGCUUCCUCCCCGUUAGCUGACUGAUGAGCACUGUUAACAGAGUUAACUUAUGUGUGAUGGAAAUUGUCUCUCCAGUUUUUUAAGCUUACAAUACAGCUCUUUUGCACCAAACCCAUGGUUAGCGCCAAAACAAAAUGAAAUAGUGAAAUGAACAUCUGCGGCAGGUACACCUGUGAUCCCAAUACUUGGGAGGCUGAGGCAAAAGAAUUGUGAAUUCAAAUCAAGACCAGCCUGAGAAGCUUAGCAAGAUCUUAAUAUUAAAAUUUAAAGAGGGUUGGUUAUGUAGUUAGGUGGUAAAAUGCUUGCGUAGCAUGUGCAACCACUGGAUUUAAUUAACUCCAGUACUGGGAGACAGAGGGCACACAGAUGGUUCCAUCAUGUGAUGGUGAGCAGUCUAGCCAUGAAAAUGAACAGAAGUUGGUGCUGAAAGCAGAUUUUAGUUCAUACAGGCUGUUUUGUCUUGGCUCACUAAUGGGGUUGAAGACCUAUGUACUGGUGCAUGCCCCAGUGUGUGUGUGUGUGUGUGUGUGUGUGUGUGUGUGUGUGUGUGUGUGUGUGUGUGUGUGUGUGUGUGUGUGUACAUACAUGUGCUAACUAACCCAUGUUGUGUCUCAGUUUCAUCUGGCAACUGAGAUCUUUUAAAUGUUCAAAAAAAAAUGCUGUCUUUCUGGCCUGGUGUAUAUUUAUUAAGUAUUGGACCAUGUGCUUGUCAGUGUUUUCAGUUGCUCUUCACUGGCGCAUAAAGUGUUAGAGUGAUCUGAUGAUAAGAAAUCUGUAUUUUUAUUCUGUGGAUGAAAAGAAAACAGGUAUCAAAUUGUAUGAUAUGUGUACAUUACUUCAAAUAGGAAACUUAAGUGGGAAGUUGGGGAGCAGGAGAUGCAGUGCCCUCUCCAGCAGGGCCGAGGCCACUUCCAGUGGAGUCCAUUUGGGUCCCUCAAAUGUUAAGAAAUGUUGCUCCCUGCUGUGCCUUUCACAUUCAGACUUUCGAGCACAUCCCAGUCAACUCCAAAACAGCCGCUGGUCACAGCAUUUUUAUCAGAAUCAAACUUCUUUUGAUGAAAGGUAGUUUGCAGGAGGACAGCGGUAGAAGGCAGGAGCACCCAACCACUUUCCAUGGCCACCGGUUUCCCAGCCGUCCAGUGCUUGCCUAAAAGAGUCAACACUGGGAAUUGUAAGUGAAAUCAUGUCAUUUGAGUGAUAGCCUUUGUCAAUCAAUAUUUGUUUUGGUCUAACCACCAGAACACUUGAAAAUUUAAUAGAAAUUUCAUUAAAGAAAAGUUUCAAAAUGCUUAAAAAUAAAAAGUAGUGUCUAGUUGUUUCUGUUCUGUCCCAGAGUUCUUUGUGUGCCCCCCCCAUUCCUAAUCCUCCUUAAUUUCCUCCUUCAACAUUCUCUUGUUUUGACCAGACCAAUAAAUGGGUGGUGAACUGUCAUUCUAGCUUAUGGUUGUUUCCCUUACUACUGUAAAAUUUCAUUUUAGGAUUCAGGCCAGCCUUGACAAUCUAACAAUGAAAUGAUUCACCCUCCCCUAGAAUCAAGGACAGAGGAGAGUUGGCAGGCCCUAGCUUUCCUCUGUGGAGAUGGAACCAGAGAGCACUCUCCACCCUGAUCCUACAUGGCUCUAGAAUGAGUAUAUAUGUGAGAGGACUCUAGAAUAGCAAAAAUAACUUAAGUGCUGGCCAUGGGGACACAUGCCUGUAAUGAGGCACCAGGUUCACUAUGAAUUGGAGGCCUGCUUGGGCUACAUAGCAAGACCUUGUCUCAAAACACACACACACAAAAGGCUAAAUAUUACCUACAUGUGUUUUAGGCCAAAAUUUCUGUAACUUGUAAAUCCAUGUGUUUUCAGCUGUAUUUCAGCAGCCUCUGACUUAGGCAAAUGUUGCACAGUUCUGAGUUGAUAGUAAACAUUACCUGUGCUGCCUUGUGAUGGAACCAUGUGUCAGACCUCCAAGGGGGUCAGAAUAGAUUUCUCAGCAUCAGUCAAGCAUAGAUCAGGGUUGGCUGAUAGCACAUGCUUAGACUGUGUGAGGACCGUGUCCAGUCUCCAGCACUUUCACUUUGAGGUAAUGGGAGACAGGGAAAUCGAUUCCUUCAGAAAUGGUGAGCCUGCUGUGUUCUGCGAGUCUCUACCAAAGAUGCUUUGUAGGAAGAGUUUCUCAGCGUCUGUGCGCAAACAUGCAUCCUCCUGCGUCCUUUGUGGUGGUAACCCCAGCCCUUCCAGUUAAUCAUCUGAAGAGGACUUGGGAGGGACCACAGGCAGCUGGCACCAGUAACUCAGUUCCCUUUGCCAAAACCUCCGAAUUUAGCAUUGGAGUUGUUUGCCUCUGUGGUGAGGGAAUUGACUAGCCAUUGCUUCAGCCUCCUUCCCAAGUAAGUGCCUUCUUGUGGUUGGCACUGGGAGGACAAUGGUGACCUGCAUCACAGGGCCUGAAGAUGUUAUUUUGAAUGGAACAUUUGAUGUCACCUUUAGGGAAUAGAAACCAAAUAGCAGAGGCCUAGGCCCGUUCCUAUUGUGAGGAGGGAAGGUGAGCGCCCUCUGCUGGCAGUAUUUGGAGUUGAUUGAAGAUCUGUAAGCAGCCUGGAAGCAGUGCUGAGGUCAGCAGGCCUCAGGAAUCCUUAACAUGCAAACAAUCUUGGGGAAACCAGAAGGUCAUUCUUAGCAGUUUUUGUAAUACGUCUGAUUGCAGGCUGUUAGAUUAUGUUGUUCACUCUGGGUGUGAUCUGUCAUAUGUAUCUGAUAGUUAUUAUGGAUAAUUGUUUGGGUUGUAAACUCCUAUACUCUAUUAAAAUGAACCUAAUUAAGUGA